CCCCGCGCAUGCGCAGUUGCCGCCAUGGCGCCGCUCCGAGUCCAUGUCCUUUACUGCGGAGCCUGAGGCUACAAACCCAAGUUUGAGAAGCUGAAGCAGGAGCUGGAGCGGCGCUUCCCGGGAGCCCUGGCCGUGACCGGCCAGGGCACCCCGGAAGUGACCGGGUGGUUCGAGGUGACCGUGGGGACGCACCUGGUGCACUCCAAAAAGAACGGCGAUGGCUUCGUGGACAGCGACUCCAAACUGCACAGGAUCGUCGCCGCCAUCGAGGCCUGCCUGGCCUAGGCCCCGAUAGGGGGGGCUCUGUCGCGACAUGGCGCGAUAUGGCGCGAUAUACCGGGAAAUAUCGCGAUAUCCCGCGAUAUAUCGGGAGAUAUCGCGAUAUGCCGCGAUAUAUCGGGAGAUAUCGCGAUAUCCCGCGAUAUAUCGGGAGAUAUCGCAAUAUCCCGCGAUAUAUCGGGAGAUAUCGCGAUAUAUCGCAAAACAUCAUGAUAUAUCGCAAAAUAUCGGGAGCUAUAUCGGGAAAUAUCGCGAUAUAUCGCGCGAUAUAGUGCGAUAUCGCAGGAUAUUGUGAUAUAUCGUGGGAUAUCGUGCGAUAUCACGAUAUAUCGCGGGAUAUCGCGGGAUAUCUGAUGAUAUCGCGACAUGUCGCGACAGCGCUGCCCCCCCCAGCCCCCCCCAGCCCCUCCCCCGCGCUCCAUGACGGGAAUCGCCGAAACGCCGCCGGCACCGGGCGCUGCCCCGAGCCCCCCGCGCGGGGGAGGGGAACGGGGGGGGAUGGGGGGGGCAGAGCCCGCCCUAAAUCCCCCCAAAAUCCCACCCCAAAUCCCACCCCAAAUUUAACCCAAAAUCCCUUAAUUCCACCCCAAAUCCCACCCUAAAAUCCUGCCCCAAAUUUCUCCCAAAUCCCACCCCUAAUUUUACCCAAAAUCUCACCCAAAAUUCUUCAAAUCCCACCCCAAAUCCCUAAAAUUUCACCCCAAAUUCCUUAAUUCCAUCCCAAAUCCCACCCUAAAUCCCCCCCAAAAUACCACCCCAAAUUUCACCCCAAAAAUCC